AUGCAAAAGACGGGCCAAGUAGACAAGACGGAAGACCGCGAGUUCCAAGACGAGGUCAACAAAUUCAAGAUCAUGGAGAAGAAUACGCUUGCUUUGCAGAAAGAGGCUAAAGCCCAUCUGGACGCGAUGCGGGGGAUGACGGCCAAUCAGGCUCGUAUUGCAGGCACGCUGGAGGCAUUUUUUGUCGACAAUGGAGAAGCAGCCAUGGCAGGACAUAGCUACCGGCGCGCCGUCGAAGAGCUCGACACGCGCACGACCCAGGGACUCGAUCAGCCUUAUCGAGCUACAGUACUCGAGCCUAUCGGGAAACUAUGCUCUUAUUUCCCAGAGGUCAACAACACAAUCCAGAAGCGCAACAAGAAGCUUCUUGAUCACGACUCGACGCGUACCAACGUACGAAAGCUGCAAGACAAGCCCCCCACAGACGGGAGCAAGCUGCCCAUGGCCGAAAAAGCAGCAGCUGAUGCAAAGGACGUCUACGAGGCGAUCAACACCCAGCUCGUGUCGGAAUUGCCGCAGCUCAUCGAAUAUCGGAUACCUUAUUUGGACCCUUCGUUCGAAUCAAUGGUGCGCAUGCAAGCCCAAUUUGCUUCAGAGGCCUACGAGAAGCUCGGCGGCGUGCAACGGUACUUUGCAGAUGACGUGCGAGAUCUAUAUGCCAACGGGGACUUGGAUGGCCAAGUCGAAGGCGCACUUCAAGAGAUCCGCGACCUGACCAUCUGCGGUUCAUAGGAUGCCUACGGUACACAGUGUCGUAUUGUUUGCAACAAGUCCAUGACUCCGGUGCUAUUGCGACUUUUUGGCGGCUAAGCUCCCAGGAGCAGGUAGCGGCUUGCUCUCCGUCGUCUCGCCGGCCGCCGGGCCGCCGCCUUGCCCAUACUCGUUUGUACGGUUCUUAUCGACUUUAUAGAUCCGAUACUGGUACAUCAGAAUGAGAAAGACGACGUCGUCUCGAAAACAAGC